AUUUUCCUUUUUCUAGAACUGGCUUGCGUCAUUUUGUACUUGUGACAUGUCCAAACUCUAGAGUCUCCAAGGAGAGACAGAAACCUCACCACAUUUGCCAGAAAUUUUGGUACACCGCCUACUAAUGUCCAUCUACAUAUAGCGAGUGCACAGGAACAUCGUUUCGUGCAGAAAGCGAGAGCAGCAACACCAGACUUCACUGACGGAUCACCAUGGGCAACUCUUCCUCUCGCGGCCGCUCAAAGACGGGGCAGGGCCAUGGAUCCAAGGUGGCACCUUCUUCUCCAGCUCCAGCAGAGCAGAGUCAGGAGACGACCUUCAAGUGGAGCAUCGAUGGCUUCUCCUCACUCCUCGACAAGGGCGAAGGAUGGACCUACUCCAGAGUGUUUGAGAUCAUGGGCCAUAGCUGGUACCUGAUACUGAAUCCAAGGGACAAGAAGAGCGGCGACGACAAGGAGUACGUCUCCCUUAUGCUUGUGCUGGCGAGCAGCUCAGUGAAGCCUGAUACUAUCGUAGAGGCCUCUUUCAAGUUGCUGAUAUAUGAUCAGUCGUACGGAAAGCACAGCGAGCAACAAGUUAGCCACAACUUCCAGACUGCAAGCACAAGCUCCGGGGCCUCAUGCAUGAUUCCCCUCAGAACACUAGAGAAACGGUCCUCUGGGUUUGUCGUCGACAACAGCUGCGUCUUCGGCGUCGAGUUCACCAAAGUCGCCACUGCCAAAGCCAACACGACGUCAGAAACGCUGUUUGUCCAGAAGACGAAUAUCUUCAACGAGGCCAAACCUUACACCUGGGACGUCGAGGACUACUUCGCACUGAAGAACCCGGGCUACUCUCCGGGGUUCGAUGUCGGAGGAUACAAAUGGUAUAUCAUUAUGUAUCCAUCUCGCGAUGGGAACCACCUCUCCUUGUACCUUUACAUGAACAAGACCAGUAAGCUCCCCAAGGACUCUGCGAACCUGGUGGAAUUUACCUUAUCCAUCAAAGACCAGGAAAAUGGCAAGCACUGGAAGUUAAGAGGCAGGUGCCAGUUCUCAGAGAAUGCUCGUACCUGGGGAUGGAAGAAGUUCAUUUCGCUGGAGCAUUUCAAGGACUCGUCGAAUGGAUAUCUCGUGAAGACCAAGUGCUGCGUUGAAGCUGAGGUUGCAAUCGUUGGUUCCUCCAAGAUGGAAUAGGGUGUCGUUGCAUAUGUGGACUGAAUCGCAAUAGCGCAGUGGUUGUGAAUGUGUUUUGCGUGUGUUUGUUUGCUUGUUCGUGCAAGAUACCGAAAGUGUGUAAAAUAGCAAAUAAAGGUUCGGCGUCGGCCAUGAACAUGUUGCUCAGUUUGCCUGUCAUGUCUUGUUGGUGUAGUUUCAUCUACCAACAACCGCCAUCUAUUGAAGCCUGAAAUUCUCGA